ACAUUUGAGAACACAGAAAAAAAUGGCGGAAAAAACAAAAUCUUGAAAAAAAUACCAACUGGCAACUACUGAUAAGGUUUAAGCAGUGUUGCAUUGAAGGAGAUGCCAAGAAAAAACAAUAAAAAACGUUUUGUACCGGUAAAUCCAUUCAACAGACAAUAUGGAUGGAGAACUGGAAUUGACACGACAGCAGGAAAGACCAUCAGGAAAGAUGCUGAUGGGUUUGAAGAUUUUAGGGAUUACUUAUCAGAAUCAGAGGCAGAUACAACCUCUGAGAUCUCAAGACUUGAAAAUGCAUCCAUGCUGAAGGAAAACGUGCCAAGCCGCCUUCACAGACCAAAGCUAGCAAUGAAGGGUCCCAGCCUUUCACAACCCGUAUCACAUUCAACUGCCUACUCCUCCAUGCUGAGUCAGGCCUCCAGGGGAGGGGCACUGUCACAGAUAUAUGGGGACACAUUGGGGAUUUCCUCCAUCACUAAUAGCCAGGCUUCAGACACCAAUCCUGUUGGUUGGUUAAGAAAUAAGAACAUUGGCAGACGUACAGGGAAGGACUUAACUGAGGGUAAAAUAAUCCGAGUGGAUGAGGAGGGAUAUGAAAUAUUCGAGGAUUUUCUCUCUGAAUCAGAGGCAGAGAGUCUAAGUAGCUCUCUGAUGACAAGUCGUUUGUCAAGGACAAGUACUAACUUCACAAGGGAACCCUCUAAACUGAUUGAAGACCAUUCAAUAUACGACAGUAACAUUUCUGCCAGUGCUGAAGCAUCAAAUUCAGAAGCUCAAGUAUCAAGGGAUCAGCUAACAGGAACUGUGAGCUCGUUAGUCGAGAGUACUCAGAAGGAAGAAGACACACCCACUUACACUCAAACUCAGUCUAGGACAGCUAACAAUGAAUCUUUGGAAUCUGAGGAUGAGGAAGGGGAAGUGUCACUCAGGGCUGAUAACUCCUCCUACAGGGAAGGUAACUCCUCCUACAGAGAUGCUUCAGGAGAAACUGGUCAAUCUGCCUUAAAGACCCAGUCACAAGAGAGGACAGGCAGUAUUACCUCGACUCGCAGCCAUACAUUACAAUCACAUGAGAAUAUCUCCGAAGAAGAGCCAACCCCUAAAAGUAAAUCUCAAUUUGUUGGGAGAUCUAUCAGUGAAAUGCCCACUCAGGAUGGAAUAGAGGCUUCAAUAACAGUUCAGGAGAUAACCAAGGCCUCUCACAUGGAUAUCGGAGGCAACAAGACAGGGUCUAUCACAAAGUCUGAGAAUUUGACCAAUAGUGUGGUUCCAAGCUUUAGGACACGUAAAAGGAUUUCAUUUUCUGCGACAGAGAGUGAUGGUAGUCGGAAGUCAUCUAUAGCAUUAGGAGAAAAACUCAAUGAGACCAAGAUCAAAAUCCCAAGUGAAGUAACUGAAGUUGUCCAUGACAGUGACGCAGAUAGCAUAGAGAUUGUUACAUUGGAUGAUGGGAAAACUCGGCAGAAACCCAAUGCCAGAAAAAGUGUCCAGAGAAAGAGUACCUCAACACUGCAGAAAUCAAUUCAGUCUAAAUCAGAGGCAGAACAAACUGAGGUUAAAAGUCAAGGACAGAGGUCAGGGUUAUUGGAGUCACAAAUUUCAUCUCUGGCAGGCAGAAGAAGUAAACGUGGAAAAUCCCUCCCUUCCUCCACACCAGCUGAGACCCCUCAGGAUGAUUCUCACGAGACAAAGCUACCAAGGAAAAGAAGAGGCAAAAGCCUGUCAGUAAACAGCUCACUAGUACAGAGGAAAUCAACAAGUGCUAUCUCACAGUUGUCAAAAGAAAACCAAGAAGAGGACCAGCUUCAGAACCAAAAUGAUGAUGAGGAGGAAACUGCAUCCAAUGCUAGUCAGGAAUUUUUGUUCUUCAAAAGCAAGAGAACAAGGGAAAACCAGACUAUUAAAAAUAAAACACGAGACAUAAAAUCUCAGAAUCAGGCUUCUCUGAGGAGGAAGUCAAGUGUUUUAGUGAAUGAGGAAGAUGCUGCAUCAGAUAUCAGUGAUGACAGAUCAAUAGAUCCAAAUACCGAGAUUGAGAAGUGGACAAGAGGAAAGCCUAAACUUGAAGGGAAGAGGAAGAAAAAAUCAGAACCCAGCGAGAGAAAGGAAAUAGAUGUAGAAGAGGCAGAAGAACCAACUGUUCCUUCACCAGCGAAGAAGAGGAGAGGGAGAAAAGCAGCGAAAGAGAAAAAUUCUGUUUCUAGAAAGACUUCGGGGGAGAGGAAACCAUCUGAGGAAAGCCGCAAGUCACUGAAGCCCAGAAACAGGAGAGGUAGUGGAAAUUCUGUCACACAGCUUGUUGAUACAAGUACACAUGAUGAAGAAGUGUACAGUGAUAUAGAGGAAUCUGAGUUGGUGGUAGAAGAGGAGGCCAGGAUUAGUCCACAAGCUGCGGGUAAAAGAAAAUCUAGUGUCACAGUGGAAAGUGUGGAAAUAAAUUCAGCUAGCAAGUCUAGGGGAUCACACAGUGACACUGCAGAGAAUUCCUUAAAAGGAUCUAGAAACACAGAAGUUAGUGAGGAAGAAGGAGACAUAGAUCCACAACUGAAUUUGGACCAAGAGGAAGAGAUUGAUACAGAAAAUGUAAAUGAAAAAUCUAAGUUAAAUGAAAGUGGAAGAGGACAUUUAGCAUCAACUUCUGAUUUACCAGAGAAGAUGUCAAAAAGUAGAAAACGAAGUACGACAACCAAAAAGUCAAGAAAGUCAUCCAGUGAUAAGUCUGGUGUUUCAGAAGAAAUAGGAAAUAAACAAAGUGAAGUAAUAGAACCAGAAGAAAAUGUCGCUGCUCAUACAAGUCAAUUUAUUAAGAGUUUUUUAACAGAGGACCAUGAAAAGCAGGAACUAGGUACAAAUAAUAUGAGCUCAAGAUCCAAAAGUUCUGGAUACAAAACCAGAAAAGCCAAGACGAGGAAUGAUUCAAUACUAAGAAAGAUAAAUAGUGCACAGAAAUCAAACAAGUUCCAGAGCAGAGCCUCUGAGGGAAUGUCUUCAAGGAAGGACAAAUCUAGUGUAACUGGAGCAAGAGAUCCAAAGGAUAGAAAAUCCAUGAGAAAAUCUAGAAGCCUGCACUCAGCUUUCAUUGGAAGCAUGGAGAAACUUCAGGGAGUCGAGAGAGAAGUGGAAAUGACAGAAGUGGAGGAUGCUGACCCCAAUGACUUAUAUGUGGAAAAAGAAAGAUCAUCCACCAAACAAAGGAAGGGUAAGGGGCAGAGGAAAAGUAUACAGCAGGAAGGAACAGAUCAGAAGAAAACAAACAGGGGUCAAAAGAGAAAGAGUGGCAAGAGAGCUAAAGAGGAUUCUAUUACUGAGGUGGAGGAGGAUGUAGGAGGUGCUCAGGAGAGGAGUCAUGUGGAGGAGGCUGUGGAAAAUGAGAGUGAAGCGGAUACAAACAACAGAAAGCAAAGGAAAACAAAAAGUUUAGGGAACCCUGGAAUAGAAUCUAUCAAGAAAAAGAAAGGAAGUCAAAGGAAAAGCAGUAAAAGUUUAGGGGCAGUUGAUGUGGAGGAACACAAAGAAAUGAAUGAAGAUGUAGAUGAGAUGAUAGAUGAGAAUUUAGAUGAUGUAGUUGUCGAUGAUGCAGCUGAACACUCACCAAAAGAUGAAGGCAACCAGGAUGAUGCCAUCAGAAAACAGAGCCUUGGUUCUACCCCCGUGUCUGUGUACCAGGUGGACGAGGAGCUUCUGAAGAGUGGGGUGUCCUUCCGACACCGGAAUCAUACUUCAGUUAAAGAGGAUUCCAUCAACCAGACAUCAGCUAACAAAACCCCUGUGGCAUUGAGGAAGCACAUGGAUUUCAUCAACUCCCCAGCUCCAGGACUGACCCCAAUACUGAAACAACCAGGAUCAGUUGUCCGGGGAAAGAAGAGAAGAGUAACCAUCAAUCACUUGGUAGAGGAACAGACCUUCAACAGCCCCAACACAUCAGGAGAAAAGCAGAGCCUAUCUAUGAAUUCCAUGUAUUCUAUGAACGCAACACCAAUCCAUAUAUUUCAGACCACAACAAGUGAAUCUCCUGUACCGCAAAUGUUGAUGCCACCCAAGCCAAAAAUCUUCCUUCCUGAAGAUGCCCCAGACGGAGUUCGGAGGUCACGGCGGGUUCGAUGUCAGCCGGUUGCUUGGUAUAAAGGAGAACGACUUGUAUAUGAACGCAGAAAAUCAGGUCUAGGUAUUGUAAAAGUAGAGCCAUCUCAUGUUGAAAUGCUGAUGUUGGCACAGGAAGCAAAACGAAGGAAAAACGUCAUCAAAAGAAGGAAGCAAAAUCGCACUGAAGAUAAAAAGACAAAGUUUACCCAGUCUCCCCGUAGAAAUCUGUCAGUACAUACAGACCUGGAUCCUGACCUACAAGACUCGAGUGACUCAGAAGUUCCAGUGAUAAAUCCAGCCAAUAACGAGGAAGUUCUUAUGGAAUGCUUCAGUUCUAAGGAUUCGGAGGUGUUUGUGGGCCCAUCCAAAGAUGAUCCAAUCUCUACUGACCCCUAUGUCAUGUCACUGCGACUGAACCAGAGGCAGUUCAUGAUGGGAAAUCUUUAUAUAAGGCCACUGAAAUCUAAACCAGAACAGAUCGUUAACAGUGGAACAAUGGUUUUCUGCUUGCUGAAAGGAAAAAUAUGUGUGACCAUACACAGGACAAAGAUAUUAGUAGAAGCUGGUGACAUGUUUUUUGUUCCACAAGGGAAUACGUACAGUAUAGAGAACUUGCGGAAAGAGGAAGCACGCCUGACAUUUUCCUGCUAUAAGUUCAGCAACGAGGAUCUCUCAACAGCUGAGUGACAUAGGCAUAACAAUGAUGUCAUUGUCAGAGACAAUCCACAGGAGAGACCUAAUUCUGUCAGCGUUAGUCGAUCCUGACUGUCAGUGGACCAUUGUGGGAGCUGCCAUUGUUCAGUGUUUAUAAGCUAUCUUUCAGCAGGCUGUUUAAGGUGUGUCAAAUAAUCCCGUAUAAACUUGUCUCUGUCACCAUAUGGAUGUACCAGAAUGAAUGCAUUGUCAGUUUUGCUUCAGCAUUUACAUGCUUAUGUAGGGUACAUGUAUAAUUGUGUACCUGCAGCAGCUGCUUAAAAAUUUUUGAGGAGAGGCUUUUAAUUAAUUUAGAAAAAUGGUGCAAGAUAAACUUGAUUUUAUUUCAUUGUUUUACUUUCAUUUUGCAUGAAAAAAUGCAAAAUGUUUCAACUACCAUUCUUAAAUGUCACAUUUUUGUACAUUCUUGAACAGGGUUUUUUUUUUCUUCACUAUCAUUGAGUGAGGAUAAAAGACCUUUAGUUCCAUUGUAACACUUUGAAUUAUAAAUUAUUCAGCAGUGAUGGAUUUUUAAAUUUUUAUUUCACAUUUUGCAAUCCACAAAGCAAGAAGGACUUGGUUUUAGGAAACCCCAUAAGUGUUCUUCAUUAACAUGGUACUAGUAACCAAUAGUAAUCUCGUGUAAUAUAAUCAUAAUUGCCUUACAUUCCUCAGGUUAUACUGAGAUGCACUACUUUUGAUACAUAUAAACAUAAGUGUGCUUUACAAUUUACCUAAUAAAUAUUUCAUCAUAUAUAAA